AUGCACCUUCGCUCGGCGUUCUUUUUCCUCCUCUCCCGGCUGUUGGUCUGCUUCGAUGCCAAGAUCGGCUUCGACGACAAUGCCAGCUUCCGGCAGAAGGCCAUCUUCGACCAGCACGACCCGGCUGAGGAUGACCCGCGCGAGGUGGAGGCCGCCAAGUACAACCUCAACUACAUCGGCCUGGAUGGCGAGAUCGGGUGCCUGGUCAAUGGCGCCGGUCUGGCCAUGGCCACCAUGGACAUCAUCAAGCUGUACGGCGGCACCCCGGCCAACUUCCUGGACGUCGGUGGCGGUGCCUCCGAGCAGGCUGUCAAGGAGGCCUUCAAGAUCAUCACCACCGACAAGCAGGUGAAGGGCAUCCUGGUGAACAUCUUCGGUGGUAUCAUGAAGUGCGACACCAUUGCCUCCGGUAUCAUCAACGCCGCCAAGGAGAUCGACCUGCAGCUGCCGCUGGUCGUCCGCCUGGCCGGCACCAACGUCGAGAAGGCCAAGGCCCUGCUGGAGGAGGCCACCUCCUCCGGUGCCAUCCGCAUCAUCAGCGGCGAUGACCUGGACGACGCUGCCCAGAAGAUUGUCAAGGCCAUCGGUGGCACCCCUCAGUAA